CUUUUUAACAAACAAUGAACGGCGGCUAAAACCUUCUGAGAGUUAUUCAAGAGGGUGACCUUUACAACAUAUAUCAAGGUCAAGGUAAUCGGAGCAAUGCUGUAUUAGGACGAUUUUGGAGUCUUUCUUUAUGUUUUUGCGCGAAUCUUUUGACUUCUACCACAACCAUAUCUUCCACCAUAUCUAUUCCGAGGUCUGUGUGAAGGUCUUCGUUACGAAUGUACCAAGGGGCGUUGAUUGCUAUAAAUGUCCGUCAUACUGGAAAGCAGAACUGAGUCUUGGAUGUCAGGGGGUCAUCGCGCGGCAGCGGACAGCAGCAGUCACGCACCGUGAACUCGGCCCGCACUCCGAUUUCGCGUCACGGUCGUUCGAGACACUGGAUCGGUGGUUGAAUGUAACGGGAUCAUUGAGAAAUUCCGUUUGCUUGUCGAAUGAUACGAGGAACACUGUAUGCGCGCUUAAUCCGCCCAUUUAAUUCGUACAUUCAUAAAAUUCUGCAGAGUCACACACA